GCUUAUAUGUGCGGGGAAAGUAAAGCAGGCUCUUUACUGUUCUGACUCGGCACUGCACGGUGGGAAAAGACUCACAACAAUAACACAAAACGAGGGUUUCCGACCACAUCUGAGAUCUGCCUUUUUUAUUUCGCAUCUCUUGCACAAAACUCAGUCGUGGCAAAUUAAAACCCGUUACAUCCAAAGGAUCCAGGUCGGUCGUCAAAUGAGAGAUCAUCUGCGACUGUCUCCUUCUGAAACAGAAAUGUCUGCAACCAUCCUGUCCGCUUUCUACGACAUCGACAUGCUGUACAAGCAGGAGAAGAGCCUCAACAUGAACGCGUUUCACAUCAACAGCAUGCUGGAUAAGAAAGCAGUCGGGGCCCCGGUAACAACCUCGAGCAGCACCAACAACUGCAACUACGCGUCAGGAUUUUUACGACGGAACUCCACCAGCAACAUGGAGUCCAUGGCGAACGGCAACAAGUACCCCGCCAGCUCCUACAACAGCAUGAAGGAGAACGCCAGCACAGCCAUCAUGAACAAGGAGAACAAGUUCCGCGACCGCGCCUACAGCGAGAGUGGCCAGCAGCAGCUGCAAGCGCUGCAGCAGAAGCCGGGCUCGCAGAUCAACUCCACCCGCUACAAGACCGAGCUGUGCAGGCCCUUCGAGGAGAACGGCGCGUGUAAAUACGGCGAGAAGUGCCAGUUUGCCCACGGUUACCACGAGCUGAGGAGCCUAUCUCGCCACCCGAAGUACAAGACCGAGCCCUGUCGCACUUUCCACACCAUCGGCUUCUGUCCGUACGGUCCGCGCUGCCACUUCAUUCACAAUGCCGACGAAAGACGACCAGCGCCAAGCAACGCCAACAACAUGCAGGGAGAGCCCACCAAGGCCGCUCAGGGGGAGCUUGUGUGCAGCUACGGGCAGCAGCAGCAGGCGGCGGGAGCCUUCAGGGACAGACCCAAGCUCCACCACAGCCUCAGUUUCUCGGGUUUCUCCAGCCACCACCACGGACUCGACUCUCCCCUGCUCGAAAGCCCCACGUCCCGCACUCCUCCACCCCCUUCCUCCACCGCUCACUUUUACGAAGACGUUCUGUCGCCCAUGAGUCGCUGCCUGAGCAACAGUGCCUUCUCUUUCCCCGGGCAAGACCUAAAAGCCCUGCUCGCGCCGCUGGCCGUGCACGCGCACAACGGUUACGCCAGCCAGUCCACCGGUGCUUACUGCGGAAACAUUCAGGUGAACAUGGGCGGCGGCCCCCCUUCUCCCCCGUACGGUCUCAGCCACCUGCAGUCCUUGCACCGUCUGUCAGAGUCGCCGGUAUUCGACUCGCCCCCCAGCCCGCCUGACAGCAUCUCAGACCGGGAGAGCUACGCCAGCGGCUCGCUGAGCUCCUCUGGAAGUCUCAGCGGCUCCGAGUCUCCGAGUCUGGACUGCGGGAGACGUUUGCCAAUCUUCAGCAGGCUGUCGAUUUCUGAUGAUUAAUCGCCUGUUUUGUAUUUUAUGGGAGUUUUCCCCCCACUUUCUUUAUAGUGGACUUUUUUGGAUUCCGAGUCUCCCGUUAGAUAUGCAUUUCAAUAAUAUACUUUAAUAUCGAGGGAGAUGGAUUUGUCAGACCCUUGGCAUGGCAUUAGUUGAUCUAUUUCUGUUUGAACUGCUUUGGCGUGAGCUGCUCUCAACAGAAGGCAUUCCAACGGUGAUAUUUGUGCUGCAGGUUUGUUGCAUUCUCUUGGUCUUUUUGGACCAGCUACUUUCCAGAUUUGUACAAAAGACUUUUCUUUUUUUUUUUCUCUUUUUCUUUUUUCUUUUUUUUUUUUCUUUUUUACGUGAAAGACAGAGCGGUUUCAGAUUUUCCAUCCAUCCUUGCCAAGAAUAUGCCUUGACACAAAAAGUACACCAGUUUUUCAAAGUAUGUAUGCACUUCUGAAAGCUUACAAGAACUUCCAUUCCAAAAGUUUAUUUUUCAAAUGUCACAGCAGCGCCACCCAGUGGUUCAGUUGGUUUGUGCAGUUUGAAGCUCUAUUGUUUGGCUUGUAGGGAAAUCACUGCUGAUGGUUGAAUAUAUCUUUUUUUUUUUUUUAAAGCUGAUUUGAGUGAUUACAUAGCAGUGCAUAACUGACUAUGAACUAUUUAACUUAUUUAUUAUAUCUUGUGAAAAGUAUAGGCUACAUUGUUAAUUGUGUCCAUACUGUAUUUAUCGAGUAUGAUGAAGCAAUAGAUCUAUAUUCUUUUAUUACAUUUAAAUUAUGAUUGCCAUUAUUAAUCUACAUAAAGUGGAGUGUAUGUUCUUUUCACAGUAAUAUAUAUUUUUGUUUGGUCUCUUUUGUAGCUUCACUUCGUUAUUUUAUUGUACAUGAGUAAAAAACAAAUCUUAAUUUAAGAGAUUGUAUGUGAUAUUUAUUUCAUUAAUUCUGUUUCCUUGUUUACGUUCAUUAAAAAAAAAAAGUUUGUGUGAUUGCUGUUCAUUGGGAUGUUACUUUUUGUUUGGUUUUGUUAUUUUUGUUUGGUUUUUGGAGAAUCCAGAGAUGUGUCCCUUUAGGUAUGUCUGUAGAAUGUAUCAACUGUGGUUGGCAGAGGACCGUCCGAACAUGUACUAGCCUUAAAUUUUCAUAGAAAUCAGAUUUCAAAGCUCUCAAGUAAAUCAAUUAACCAAAAAGUAUUUAAUUUACCUUUUAUAUAUGCACAGAGUGAGGCUGUGACUCCAGCCACGUGCAUGAGAAUGUAGCAGUCCAGUGCCCCAGUAUUAUUGCCUAGUGCCUGUGGGGAUUCACCAUCUUGCAUUGCCUUAUGAUUAACCAAAUAAAGUAUUUUCAUACGUUAUUGUUUUACAACAAGAGGAAAUGAAUGUAGUUUGUAAUUUAAAACUUCUUGGAAGGUUGUUACCACUUAUCAAAGGAGAGAGAUAGAGACUUAGAGCAACAAUCUGAGUUUUAUUUUUUCUAUUACUCAUUUCAUUGUUUUGUACUUGUCUUUUUGUUCUCUUGCUUUUCUAUGAUAUGGUAAUGGUCAGAAUCUUCCAAACUUGCUGGACGGGGAAGAAUUUGAACACAUUUAGUUUGUACAUAGUAGGUACAUGGAUUCGCACUAUGUAUCUUUCUUGACUACUUUAUCAGAAGUAAAGCUUUUUGAAUGUAAUAAAAAAAAAAAAGAAAAAAAAAAAAGAACAGGACUUGUAACAUAUGUGUUUUGGGGAGUCAGUUCACUACAAACUGCGUGUGUGACUGUUAACUUUGUACUGUACAUUUUUGUAGUUCUCCAAAUAAAAUAAUUUUUGACAAAAAAAGUAAA